AUGAGCGUUCUAUUGGAAACCACACUAGGAAAUUUGGUGAUCGACCUAGAUUUAGAGUCCAGACAAAUAGAGUCCUAUAACUUUUUAAAGCUUUGUAAGAGCUCUUUUUACCAAUUCCAGUGUUUUUAUCACCUUCGAAGAAAUUCUGCUGUGGAGUUCGGGGACGCACUUUUCGGAAAUGAAUAUAGAAAGGAGCUGAGACUCCACAACACAUCAGUUGAAGGAAUUUUAGACAGUGGGAAUGUGGGUCCGAAACUGUUAAGGUCAUCCAAGAACAGCGGCACAGAUACGGAAACAAUUGAGUUUGGAGAUGUUUGUGCUCUCGUCAAAGUUAAGGAGGACUCCAAGCCGUUGAUCGGUUCGAUAAUUAAAAUAGCUCUAUGUGAAAAUAUCACUUCUCAAGAUGGCAUUGUGAAAUUUGGCCACAUAAUCAAGACGUGCCAUGAGACAUUGAAAGCCGUUAAUAAUUCAUCAGUUGACGAUAGUGGAAGACCCGAUGUUGAUAUUCGGAUCAAAAAAGCCCACAUUUUGCAUGAUCCGUUCCCAGAUCCUUCUGGAUUGAUGAACUAUGAAAUAGCUUUGCCGCUCCUGGAUAUUCGCCUUCCUGUGGACCUUCAGGCUGAAAGUUUGGACUACGCUGGCCCAAAGAUUGAACGUGAUAUAAGGCAGAAGGAGCUGACGCUUGAAAUAAUGGGCGACAUUCCCUAUAUUGGCAUAAAACCAUCAGAACGUGUUCUUUUCGUAUGCAAACUGAAUCCAGUUACAACUGCUAGAGAUUUGGCUAUGAUAUUUCACAGAUUUGGUGAAAUAAUUUCUACAGAAAUUGUUCACGAUAAAGACACUGGUACUUCGCUCGGUUACGGGUUUAUCGAGUUUUCAAGCAAAGAGUCGUGUGAAGCGGCUUAUUCCAAAAUGGAGGGAGUUUUAAUAGAUGAUAGAAGGAUACAUGUUGAUUUCUCUCAAAGUAUCAAGAAGAUUACGACAAAUACUGUUUGA